CAUGUCACCUCAUUCCAACAUGGCACAACUCGGUCUUCUUGUGUUUCUUGCAACUCUCUUGGUGUGCCAUGGGUACAAGCGGCUCCCUCUUGGACGUCUUCUCUCUGAAAAGCAUCGAUGCGAUGGAGUCGGCAUGCAGCCUCACCCGCACAACUGCCGCGCUGCUCUGUUGUGUGGAGCAAACGAUGCCGGCGAAUUCGUUCCUCAGGUGGCAGUUCCUUGCCCACUUAGACAAGCGUUCAGUACUGCAACCAACACUUGCGAAUUAGCCGAAAAGGUUCCAGACUGUAAUUCGAAGAAUUCCAAAAGGGUCAUCAGCAAAGCAGCAAGGGCCACGUGCUCAGGCCGAGGUACUGUCUGCGUGGAUUGUAAUACGGUUGGAUUUUGUUUCGGGGCUGACUCUGAACCAUUCCGUACAUUUACCUGCCCCACGAGAGGUGAUACAGUUAAAUACUGCAACACAAAUUCUGCAACUGUCGCAUACUGCGGCUCUUAUGUCAGCGGAGAAUCUUGCCCGUCUAAAUAAGCAAAUUAAUUUAUUAUUCUCCGCUUGAGUGAGACAACACAAAAUUUGGAAGCGCGUUAUCCGAUUACAUCUUUAAAUGUUUUCAACUCUUUUUGAAUUUUAUUGAAUAAAAUCAUUAUCCUUUUCAAAUUCCUCAAUAGCUGACAAAGUGACAGAAUUAUUUUUUCUUCUUGAAUUUACCUGGUUAAUUUAAAAUUUUUACUGGAAAAAAUAUCAAUUUUCAAGGAAUUUUAUUGUGGUUUCUUUAAAACUAUGGAAAAUGUAGGAGAACUGUUUUAUAAGUACAAUGUUGUGAACAAUGCAAAUUAUGUAUGGCUUUGAAAUUUAAACGCUUUUCUCUAAAAUUGGCGGUGAUUUUUAGACAAGUUAUUUGCUAAGUAAAAUGGAUGAUUUUCAGUUUGACAAUUUUCGGCAAAAUUCACCUGUCUUUGACACUUGAUGUAACACGAUCUAAAUUUUAAAGGAAAACUCAUUUUUUUUAUGAAAACUAUUUUUUACAAUUUAUUGGUUUGAUGGAGAUUUUGUUAAAUAAAUCUGAGACAAGUUAUUUAAAAACCUAAUAUGAA